UUCGACCCCCGCCAAAUUCGCGGCCCGGGGUGCCCACACAGUGGGUGCCCCUUACUCGGAAUGACGAAUAAGUUGCCGUAGUAGGAGCACGGGAGCCCCGAAGGGAUUGGUCCAUCGCCUCCUCGUGGCGUCCCCCUACCCGGUGCGGUCGAUCUCGGCGCCUAUCAUGCUGCCGCAGAUGCUCUUUGGAAAGCGCACGCCGUAAAACUCGAGGUCGAGAGGCGUAGUAUGCGCCUCAAGGAUCGCGACGGGUGGGAUGUUGUUCGUCUCAUUUCGACACCAUUCAUCGUUGUAGUCAGGGAAGAGGCGUGGAUGACUCCAUUGCGUACCGUUGCCCUGCCCAGUUCUAGCUGACCUUCCGUCCUGAGCAACGAGAAACCUCGUCACAAUGUGAGAAAUCCGUCGAUUGCUUCCUGUCUUCAAAGUACGCUCACCAGCAGUACGGAUAGCCAUAGAACUGCCCGGCAUUCUCGGGCUGAUAUCUAUUGAGCUCUUCAGCCGGAUUACCGAUAGCAAUAUCACCACCCAAAUCCUCUCUGAAAAGGUCAUUCUCGCCACUGAUGACGCCCCACAGGACGCCUUCAAAGUCCCAGCCAAGGCCCACAGAGUUGCGCAGCCCAUCAGCGAAGACCUCCCCUUCAGCACAAGACGUGCCGUUGGGCGGCAGUUGCGCUGCCACGACCAAAUCCGCCGGGAAGCGACGAAUCCGAGAGCGGAAAGGGGUCGGGUCAAUGUUGCCGUAGGAGCCUAAUGCGACGUAUAUGUUGCCGUCGAGGUCGAAUUCGAAUGGGCGCGAGCGAUGGUUGUGAUUCACUAUCUCGUGGGGAUCAAAAUCGAGCUCAUUCAUGCCGUAGAUCUGUGAGGACAUACAGGGAAAGACGACCUAAUGAUAGGCCCAUCGCCCCCUUUCAGUGCCCUUACCACCACUUGACGCCUCUCGUCGUCGAGGGGGUCCCUCUGCCCCUCGCUGUAUGGCCACCGGUAGAGCACGUCUUCGCUGGAAGCGAAGAGGUAGUCCCCGGUGACGCCGAUCCCGUGGGUCAGCAUG